GUGUGUGUGUGUGUUUUUUUAAACUCUACUCUCGCGAUGCGCAGCGAGAAUAAGCAACGUAAUGUACCACUCCAUAGAGGAAGCGGCUUUUAUUUAUCGGACACAAUAAUGGCUACAGCUACCCGACAACUCCGUUUUCUGGGCGAUUCAGUCGAUAUUGGAGGGUCACUGAUGUCUCCGUCGUCGUCCUGAAGACGCCAUUACCUCCGGUCCUGUCCUGGUUGAUCUAGUUCAUUGUCUUACUGAAAUCAUGUCUGGCUCAGGGGACUUACCAGCCUUAGAGGGUUCAGGGAUGGGCGGGAUGAGGCUUCCCGUCGGGAUGACCCGACGAGCCCUCAGCUACGAUGAUAACCUGGAGGCCCCAAUGUCCACGCCCCCCCAUGACAUCAGCAUCAACAAACUGUGGAGACGACCCGUCAUACCAGAGAGGAAGUUUAACCAACUAGCUGAGGAGGAUGAGAGUGGUGCAGUGAGUCGGUCUAAAGUGACGGACAGCGCCCCCUCCAGGUCACCAGUUGUAGUGAAAACCAAGGCCUCCUCCGUCAUCAUGAAUUCUCUCAUCACCAAGCAGACUCAGGAUAGUGUGUACAAUUUUGAGCAGAGGGCCGGGCUCACCGACACCAGCUACACUCCCCACAAAGGCCUCACCGCUGAGGAGACGAGACACCACCACCGCAUGCCUGAAUCCCUCCAGAAACUGCAGAUCCAGAGCAUGGAGGCCAGAGAAGAGCGACAGAGCUCCUCCGCCCAGUCCACUCCAUCCAACACACCACACAGCUCCCCGAGACAGCAACGCAGGGGCUGGUUCGGCAGUACGAGUUCAGAUGUCAGCUCCUCCAACAGCAGUGUGGACCUGGCAGGAGGAGACACAGCGGUCGAACGGUGGAGCGUGUUCGGGCCUCGGCCGCUCGUCCAGAAAUCGACUUCUGACCUGGGAUCAGACUCUGCCCCAGCAGGAGGCUUUGCGCUGCAGGCAUACCGUGGUGCCCAGAAGCCAACUGCCAUGGAGGUGAUGAAGUCACAGGCCACGCGUCUGGCUGACCACUCCGCCGCUCAGACAGUGGCUCCUCCCAAAAUGGAGAUUCCCACAGUGGACGGUCGACGGGAGGGAGCGCGAGCACACAAGCUCAAACCCAGAGACAUGAACGUCCUGACGCCCUCUGGCUUCUGAGAGGACGCACCACAUCUGUCAGAGCUGCUCAUCACUCAGACGCCAAAGGUCCCAUUAAAUGACAACGUCUCUGUGUUGUUAUGGGUUUGGGAUGACAUUUCCAUCCAAUGAUGUCAUCGUAGGUUUUUGGGGUCAGCAAAUCUGUUUCAUUACAACUUGGGUCUCAUUUUCGUAGUUUUGUAUAUAAUUCCUGUGUUCUAUAUACAAUAAACUAAUACAACGGUUCGCACAUUUUCAAUAAUAUGACCGUUCUAUUCAACAUUGUGAAACGGCGACCGUUACAAGAUCGUUACGUGAUUGUUACAUUUAGGCCCCAAAACUACUUAGUUCUGAAAAAAGAUCAUGGUUUGGGUUACUUUCUGUGCGUAAGUACGUAACGUAGUGACAUUGAACUUGACGUAGUUCCGUACGGAUGUUAACUUCCGUAACUUAAAACAACAACGUUGACUUUUGGUUUCGCAGGGGAUACGAGCACCGCUCUACCGGGUGAAUGUCCAAUGUUUAUUCGACCCAUCAAUCCACCCGACCUCCUUCCUACGCAAAACCUUUUUUAUACCACAUCACCUGGCUGCCCCCUUUGCUCCCGUCAUGUUUACAACAGCCACUAUACGUCACUGCCUAACAACAACACCAAUAUGGGUCGUAAUGAUUACGUGGGUUAAUAUACGAAUUACCGUGCAUUACUUUUCGUAGUCAUAUGUGCGAUCAGUGAAUAAGGACCUGUCCUGUUUGUAAAAAUACUCAACAAGGUAAUCCCUGUCAUCUGUGAUAGUGGCAACAUUACCACAAAGAAGUCAGACAGGGCAGGUUGUAAACAAACCCCCAGGUUAGACAAACAUAUUUAGCAGAAAAAGACAAAGUCCUGUCGUCCUUUUUGCACGCAAAAGCUCAAAGCCAUUUCAUGGGACCUUUUUCAACAGCAGCUCCGACAUUCAGAUCACCACUGUACUUGUGACCAUCUUUGCCAUAGAAACUCCUUUGAGGUGUUUACUGUGUCACUUGCCUGUAAAUUCAUACUCUCUCUUAACUGUUACAUCUAGUUGCAGCAUGCUGGCAUCAACAUGGGCUCAAGCCAAUAAAUUCAAGUUGAACUUCUGAGUCCAGGUUACCUGGAGAGCCGGACUGACUGACUGAUCUUGAGGACUUUGUCCAGCUAAAGGUGAAGAUGAUGGUGAUCCUGGUUUAAAAUGAUCCACCUGUAAAUGCACUUUAUUCCCACUCUUCCCACCGUAGAGUCCACAUGCUCGAUUAUCCAACCUGACCCAAAACCUCUUGUGUUACACAACCCUUCAGGAUGCAAAUACAUGUGAGAAAACCUCUUCUUCAGUGUUGAUAGUCUUUAUAUCCUGUUUGUCUUUAAAACUUAUCGUUUAUCUUCCUAAAGGGACAUUUCAUUAAGCAAGGUGGGAAGAAUAAGUCUAACCAGUUCCUUCAGUGUGGUUGAAUAUGAAUCAAACCAGCAGUGCAAAAAAAUCUGAAAACAAUUGAACACUGAAACAUUCCACUCAUUUGUUUUGCAUUCCACUUUCUAUAGAUGUUUUGAUUUGUAGAUUAAGAUUGUUAAUAUAUGCUACUCUAGCUAUAGAUUUUUGGUUCAUUACGGAUCAGAAGAAAAAAGAUGUGUGUAAAAAUCAGAGCUACAUGUGGCCAGGACUCUCACACUGACAUGCUGCAGUGUUUUCAGAUUGCUGGAUUCAAUCAAAAUGGAACCCUUAAAAGAACCAAAAAGAAGAGUGUUUAAGGCCUCUUUUAGUUUUCAGUGUGUGAGCUCAGUUAACAUGUCUGCCUCUGUUUUCUACCAACUGUCAAAUAUAUAGUUUCUGUUUCUGGUGAGUUUUGGUGCUUAACAGCUGCAGUGUGCACUGUGACUAAAGAGAUAGAUGGUGUGCACACCGGCCGCAUCCUGCAGAAACCUUGUGUCACUCAGAAUAAGUGGAAGAGCUUUUCACAGACACUCUUUUGCUUUUUGGAGUUUAAGCAUAAAUGCAGUCAUCAGUGCAAGGAAAUGUUGAGAAAAAUCUUGUCUGACAAUACCAGAAAAUAACUGAAGUACAGGGUUUUGUUCUAGAAACUGCAGCGAGAUUUCAGCGGUUUGUCUCGCUAGAGGGGUGUCAAACAUUCAAGUUAGUGUUGUAGUCAAGACCACCUAAACUAAGACCAAGUCAUGACUUCCAGACUGUAUCAAGACCAAGACAAGACCAAGACUUUAAGGGGUUGAGAUCAAGUCUAGACCAAGACCAGACCAGUGCGAGUCCCACACUGCAAGACACACUUUAAAAUAAAAAUGUUGAACAUGCAAACCGUAGGCACUCCUCCAAUUGAUCUGAAAGAUCCACAUUGAUUAUUCCCAUAAAACACCCACAGAAAGCAAAUUAAGAUUCCUCUUAAUUCACCUCUUUUACGUGUGUGGAUGUAUAAGCGUACCAUGAGAAAUGUCCUGAUUAAAUAAUCAUUGCAGAGGUGAAUUUUAUAUGUGGGAAUUUAAUGGUAUUACUGCAGUUGUGAUCUUGACUGGUCUUGAAAUAAAAUCCUGAUAAAAAUGCAGUCUAUCCCGAGACGAGACCUUCAAAAAGUGGUCUUGAGACCGGUCUUGAGUACUACAAUACUACAGUACUAGUUUACUGCUAAUAAAUGGGUCUUUAUACAAGGUUUCUGCAAGAUGAUGAUGAUGAUUGUGUGUGUGUAGCUUUUCAUCUGUUAAAUGAAAUGUAGCGCCUAGCUGAUGUUAUCAUUUACUUUUAUUAUUAAGUGGAAGCAGACCUUUUGCUGGUAAUAGAUUCUAUGUAUUAUGUGACACACAGCAGUGGAAGUAAAAAAUGUCAUGUCCCAGUCAAUUGCCACCUGUAACUCUGCUGUCAGUCAGAUGUUGUGUUGGAUACAGAAGACAACACACUCUGCUUUCAGCAGCUGUAAAUAUUAAAUGAAUAUGACUGUUUAUGCUCCGUUAACAUUUAUGUUUAUUAGUUUGUGUUCACAAGUGCUCUGUGUUUAAAGUGUGACGCUGUUCCCUUUAAAUAUCUACCUGACUGAAAUAUCAAAUCUGAAUCUCCUGUGUGUGGUGGUGUGACUCUGUAGUACAAAUUGACUGAAUUACAGUUUCUGUUUAUCUGUUUGUCAUUUUUUCAGUUGAUGAUAAAGAGACAUUUUCCUUGA